CAGGAGCGCAUCUUGGCGGGGUCUCUGGCAGUAGCCAUUUCCCAGACGCUCAUCAACCCCUUGGAGAUUGCAGCCAAGAUUGGAGGCGACUCAGCCACCACCGUCAACAACAGCACGCCUGAGUUUGGAUUUGGGGGCCAAAAGCGACAGUUGGAAGAUGGAGACCAACCUGAGAGCAAGAAGCUGGCCGCCCAGGGAGACUCAAUGAGCUCUCAACUCGGGCCCGUCCACCCACCUCCAAGGACUUCGAUGACAGAAGAGUACAGGGUCCCUGACGGCAUGGUAGGACUGAUCAUUGGCCGAGGAGGUGAGCAGAUAAACAAAAUCCAGCAGGACUCAGGCUGCAAGGUCCAGAUCUCUCCAGACAGUGGUGGCCUUCCAGAGCGCAGCGUGUCCCUCACAGGAGCACCCGAGUCUGUCCAGAAAGCUAAGAUGAUGCUGGAUGACAUUGUGUCUCGAGGCCGAGGGGGCCCCCCUGGGCAGUUCCACGACAACUCCAAUGGGGGCCAGAACGGCACCGUGCAGGAGAUCAUGAUCCCUGCAGGCAAGGCCGGCCUGGUCAUUGGCAAAGGCGGGGAGACCAUCAAGCAGCUGCAGGAGCGAGCUGGGGUCAAGAUGAUCCUCAUCCAGGAUGGCUCCCAGAACACCAAUGUGGACAAGCCCCUGCGCAUCAUCGGGGACCCCUACAAAGUGCAGCAAGCCUGUGAGAUGGUGAUGGACAUUCUGCGGGAGCGUGACCAGGGCGGCUUUGGGGACCGGAAUGAGUACGGGUCACGCAUCGGUGGCGGCAUUGAUGUGCCAGUACCUAGACACUCGGUUGGGGUGGUCAUUGGCCGGAGCGGGGAGAUGAUCAAGAAGAUCCAGAAUGACGCUGGGGUGCGGAUACAGUUCAAACAAGAUGACGGGACGGGGCCUGAGAAGGUGGCGCACAUCAUGGGCCCCCCUGACAGGUGUGAGCACGCAGCACGCAUUAUCAACGAUCUCCUCCAGAGUCUCCGGAGUGGUCCUCCAGGGCCCCCCGGCGGCCCAGGCAUGCCCCCAGGGGGCCGGGGCCGAGGAAGAGGCCAAGGCAACUGGGGACCCCCAGGUGGAGAGAUGACCUUCUCAAUCCCUACUCACAAGUGUGGGCUGGUCAUCGGCCGAGGUGGUGAGAAUGUGAAAGCCAUAAAUCAGCAGACAGGCGCUUUUGUGGAGAUCUCUCGGCAGCUGCCACCCAAUGGGGACCCCAACUUCAAGCUGUUCAUCAUCCGGGGCUCACCCCAGCAGAUUGACCAUGCCAAGCAGCUCAUUGAAGAGAAGAUUGAGGGUCCUCUCUGUCCAGUUGGUCCUGGUCCUGGAGGACCCGGUCCUGCCGGCCCAAUGGGACCCUUCAACCCCGGGCCCUUCAAUCAAGGCCCACCAGGGGCACCCCCACAUGCGGGCGGCCCCCCUCCUCAUCAAUACCCACCUCAGGGGUGGGGUAACACAUACCCCCAGUGGCAACCGCCUGCCCCUCAUGACCCCAACAAAGCUGCAGCCGCCGCAGCUGACCCCAAUGCAGCCUGGGCCGCCUACUACUCCCACUACUACCAGCAGCCCCCCGGCCCUGUGCCGGGCCCCGCACCGGCCCCCGCAGCCCCCCCAACCCAGGGUGAGCCCCCACAGCCUCCACCCACUGGCCAGUCGGACUACACCAAGGCCUGGGAAGAGUAUUACAAGAAGAUGGGCCAGCAGCCACAGCAGCCUGGAGCCCCCCCACAGCAAGAUUACACGAAGGCCUGGGAGGAAUACUACAAGAAGCAAGCCCAAGUGGCCACUGGAGGUGGUCCAGGUGCACCCCCCGGCUCCCAGCCAGACUACAGCGCCGCCUGGGCUGAGUAUUAUCGGCAGCAGGCAGCUUACUACGGACAAACCCCUGGGCCCGGCGGCCCCCAACCGCCACCCGCACAGCAGGGACAGCAGCAGGCAAGUGGGAACUGCCACCCUCCUCCUCCUCCUUUCUCCUUCCAGCCCCCGGCCACCGUCCACCCAGCUUUAGUGGGCAGUGCCGGCAACCCCUUUCCCUGCGGGGUGUGUCCCUGAUGCCUGCCACAGGCUGAGGUCUCCGGGAGCCCCCGCCAGCCGGGGGUGCGCUCGCUGGGUCCAGAGGCUCAAGGAGAGGCCUCCGCCACCAGCCUGCUUGUUCCUGUGACGCUGUCACGACGUGGGGGGCACGCCCGAAAGACAUGGCGGGACUCUGGAACUGGUGGGUAGUGGGGGGGAGGGGCAGCAGGCCGCAAGGGGCUGCUGGCUGCUGGUCGGGCCGCCAACUUGCUCCUCACCUGGCUGCUCGGGAAAAGACAAAGUUUGUUUUCCUCUCUGCGUUACUUUUUGGGUUUCGUUCCUUUGCUUCUUGGAGUUUUAGACCCAUGGUCCCCUCCCCUGUGUCCAAGUGACUGUGGCAGGUGAUGCCGGCGUGGGGCCAGUGCUGGCUCGCCGGGCAGGGUGUGGGGAGGCUGCCUACCCACUGCUGUGUCCCGGGCUUGUCUGUGAAGUGGGCAUGACGGAUCGUUGCCACCUUCCAACCUACCUCACAGGGGUGUUGUGGGGACUCCGUGAGCUCAGAAAUGUUGAUGUUAUGACGCGCCGGGAGACGCCCUCCCCUCCAUCCCCCUCCCACUCUGCCUCUGCUUCUCUCUCUCUCUCUGUCUGGCCCUCCUCCGCCAUCCUCCCUCAGGCAGCAAGCAAGCGAGCACAUGGCCUUUCCUCAGGACACAUGUCCGCCCCCUCUGAAGUGACCCGUUCCUAUCUCUCCCCUCUCCGCAGGCUCAAUGAAUCGAAUGAAUGUGAACUUCUUCAUCUGUGAAAAUCUUUUUUUUUUUUUCUUCCUUUUUUCCCAUUUUGUUCUGUUUGAGGCUGUUCUGUUGUUUGGUUUUUCUUUUUGUCUGGCGAGAGCGUGAUGGUGGCCACAGGGGGUGAGGGCAGGGAGCCAGGGUGGCGGGCGGGUGGGCAGGCUCUCACGCUCUCACGGUCCUGUGACUCGCACGCUUUUUCUUUCACGAGCGAGGACUGCCCUGUUGAGCCCGCCACAGGAGAUAGUGAGGGCUAGAGCCCUGUGAAAUGAGAGAGAGAGAGAGAGAGAGAGACAGAAGCAAAACAAAUCCUAUAAAAUGAUAUAUAUAUUAAAAAAAAAAAUCUAUCCCCGCCAACCUCCCUGAAACUGCCUCUUUCAGGGUAACGCAAUUCAUUUUUCUCCCUAUACCACCCUCUGCCCUCUUGUUUUAAAAUAAACUUUUAGAAAAGAAGAUAAAGGGGGGGAA